AAAUCACGAACCGUGGUUUGCUAAAUCACGAACCGUGGUUCGCUAAAUCACACACCGUGGCUUGCUAAAGAGAUUGCAAGAGAACGGCGUGUGCCGGCUUCUUACACCAAUGAACUUGCCUCCAGUCAAUGGAACGUGGAGCAAACCGCCAGCUGGUGUAGGAAGCCAAGAAGGAAGUAGUAGAGAAUGCUACAUUCAGUAGAAGAAAAAUAAAUCAAUAAAGCAAAUAAGAGAUAAGCACAUCCCCACCCCCCACCCCCACUGAAUGGGGUCCAGCAGGGUCUUUGCAACCCCUGGCAAAGAGUUGGGGAAAAAAGCUGGCUUGCUUUGCUUAGACGGGGAAGUGGGGAGGGGGAAAGAGAGAGAGCCCUCCCCUCCCCCCAGCAUCUUCCAGCCCACUUCCUCCUUUUUAGAGAUGCUCCCUUGCCAUUCCAACAUGUGGAAGCCGCGGUGCCCGCAUGGCAUGGAGCGAGCAGCUGGCAUGUCCAAAAUGGCUGCAGAGCCGGCCUUCGCCAAGCCCACCAGCUGCCAGACAAGCCGGGGGCAUCCCCCCACCCCUCCUUCCUGAGCAGCCGUUCUCCACCAGGGUGAAAUUAAAUGGGGGGGGGGAAUGCAAGCUAGGCUGUCCCCCGCUCACUCCAGGGGUGCAGAAAGGGCCGGGUUUGUGGAGUGGGGGGCGUCCUAUAGAAUGGACGGCUGCAAAGGCUGGAGUGGGUGGGCUUUAAUUCAACUGAAGGGGUUUUGAAUUGAACCCAAAUCCAGCCAAGAUCCCGUUUUUUUAAUCCCAGUUUCCCCAGGAACUCCCUGAGCCCCCCCCCUUCCUUCCCACGCUGUGCUCUGCGGCAGAUAAACUUGCUUUUGAACACGGGGGGUGGGGGCUGGGACUCCCCCCCCCAAAAGAGUCACCUUGCAUCUUUUUAUGGCGAGUCCUCAAUUUACGGCCACAAGGGAGCCUGAGCUUCCCGUUUCUAAGCGAGAGUGGGGGGGCAUGUCGAUGCCAAGGCUGAGAUGGGUCCAGCAUCUCCCCAUCGCUUCCUGCAUCUUGAUGCUUCUUCUUGGUGUCUUCUGGGUGACCGGCAUCGGAGAAUAUUUGGUCUUAUCACCCACUUUGCUAACUAGCCCUUUGCAAGCCUUCCGCCUGGUGACCUACUGCCUGGCGCAUGCCAACGGCCCCCUCCUGGCGGCCAGCUUGUUCUUCUUCCCACUGCUAAGCUGGCACCUCGAGCUGCACCAAGGAGUUCUUGGCUACCUCCGGAGCAGCACGGUCUCCGCUGUGCUCACAGCCCUGGUCUACGUCUUCCUGGCCAAACCCUGGGGAGCUGAACCCCAGGCCACUGUCAGCGGCUACCUCCCAGUCCACCUGGCUCUGUUGGGCUGCCACGGAAAACGCUCGGCGGGGUGGCCGUCCGUGGCUCUGCUGGCUGGAUUGCUGUUCGGCCUGGGGGAGAUCCUGUCCCCGCGUUCUCCCUUCCUCCUGAACGUCUCUGGGUUGCUCACAGGAGUGCUAGCCUACUGCACUGGGUCAUUGUCCAAGAGGCGCCUGGCAAGGCUGCGAAAAAGGAUCCCAGGCUGGAGUCACCUCAGAAGGGCUUUCGCUCACUCGAUCAGGCCCUUCGUCUCAACUACAGACGAACAGGAAAGAAUUCCUGCGCAGAAGAUUUUGCCACCCGACCUGGCAGGGAUGGUGGCCAUCCAGAUUCCGCCCCCUCCUCCAUCUUGGAGUGAUGAAAGGGCCGCCCAAGAGUCCCAGCUGCCGUUUCCUCCGACGUCCCAGCGCCCCUUCUCAGAUCCCGGCGAGGCUUUGGCCAGCCCUUACUUCUCUCUCCCGGAUUUCCCGACGGAGGAAGAGCUACUCCAAGCGGGAAUCCGGGCUUCUCUUCAAGACAGGAAUGAAGAAGUGAAGCUGCUCAAAUCUUCCGUCUCUUCCCUCCGGCUCCAGCAGCUGCAGAAGAUGGGCUUCGCCACGGAAGAGGCCGUGAUUGCUCUGGCCGCCACCGGCCACGUGGAAGGCGCCGUCUCUCUACUGAUCGGAGGCCAUGUGGGGGACCAAGCCGUGGUGAUGGCCGAGACCCGCUCGGCGCCUCCUCAGUCAAUCCCCAACCCAUGAGAUGGCAUUUGGGAAGGACGUCGGCCAUACCGGGGAGAAACAGAGCGGCCACGAAUGCCACGAGACAGAGGGAUGCGUUGCAGAAUCGAAGCCGGGUUUGCAAGAGGACGGAAAGCCCGCGGAUCUGGCUUCAGACUCUCUGGGAGGGUGACGUGGGUUCACCUGGGCCUACCUGGAUUGCUAGAAGGCAGCGAGGACUUGAGGGCCGGGAGGGCAGAAGGCAGCCCCAGAAGAUGCUUUUCCAGAGCAGAGUCGUGAUUUGUCUGCUUGCAAUUCCUUUUUCCACUCUGGACAUGAAGAAACGGAGCGAAACAUAAAAUAAAAAUAAAAAAAGUUGCACGCAGAAGCAACGGAACGGCA